AUGAUACAACAUGCAAUCUUGGAGCUCCAGGAUUGCCAUCGAUAUCUCUGCCGCUGCUAUUUAGGUCCUUUUGGACCUAAACCGUACCGUAGAGGCGGCCACCAAACAGAUGGGAAAGAUGCAGCCCCAGCAGACGACACUGUCCACCAGCAGGAGACCCCCGGCAGUCAUCCCACAGGCCUGAGUCGGGAGGCGAGAGCCGCGCUCACUCUGCAGUGCGCCUUCCGUAGGAUCCUGGCCUGCCGGGAGAGGAAGCGGAGACUGAAGGAGCGACGGGAAUAUGAAGAAUUAAUGGAUCGCCUCCAAAAGGAGGCUUUUGUCGCCCUAGUGAGAAGAGAGCAGGAGGAAGCUGAGCGGGAACGAAAGAAAGAAGAGGAAGAAAGGAGGAAGCAGAGAGAGGAGCAGCAGCGGAGAAAACGGAUGCUGGAGGCAGCCUUUGAAGGAGACGUGGAGGAGAUGAAGGCCAUUCUGAAAGAGGUGGCGGAUCUGGACACCAAGGCUGGCGUGGGCACGGAUGAGAAGGGGAAGGUAGUCCGGCUCCAGCAUCUCCUCAACAUGGUGGAUUGCACAGACGCCAACGGCAACACCCCCCUCUCUGAGGCCUCUGGAGGGGGCCACCCCGAAGCCAUCCGGAUGCUGAUAGAAAGCGGGGGCCAUCCCAACAGCAGGGGUGCCUUUAAUCGGACUCCUUUGUACCGAGCAGCCUUCGGAGGACACUUAGCAGCGGUGGAGCUGCUUCUACAGCAUGGGGCUGACCCUCGACUCUAUGCCGAUGAUGGCAACACACCAGAGCAGGUCGCUUCUCUGGACAGUGUGGCGGCUAUCCUGAAUGCUUGGGACGUAACUCUUACAGACACCAUGCUCCAGAAGAUGGAAGCUGAGCAGCAGCGGAGAGCCCAGCAGAAGCAGAGGCACAAGGAAGCCGAAGUGCGCCAGACCGCCGAAGCCGUGGAGCAGCUGGCCAAGGAGCACGAGAGAUGCAGCAGGGAGCUGCAGCAGGCCUACGCGGAGCUCAACCGACGGAUAACGGAGCACGACAAGUGCCAGCGGAAGCAGAUGGGGAACACAGAGCUGACCCUGCAUGCCGUGGCCGACGCAGAAGGGCUGGUGGAGAAGCUGCGCGUGGCUGCGGAGGCGGCCGAGGAGAAGCUGUCCCUGGUCCGCCUGAAGCUGCGAGAGCAAAUGCAGGAGGGGUCGCCCUCGGAGAUGCCAGGCCUCAAGUGCUCCGUGCAGGAACUGGAUGAUGUGCUGAUGAAAGACGUGGGUGGGAAAAUGCAGGCCGACGGGCGGUGGCCCCUGAUCAUCGACCCCUCUGGGCAAGCAGCCAUUUUUCUGCGCUACCGUGACACCAACUACCUAAACACUGCUAAUCCCGCCGACAUGGCCGUGGAGGCCAUCCGCCUGGCCUUGCUGGGGUCCCUUCGCAGCUAUGGGAAGCCUCUGGUCUUUGACAUGAUGGAACUGGACAUGUUUGACACAGUGAAAAAGCAGCUGGAACGGCUGGAGACGGGCCUCACUCAGGCUCUGCUAAGCAAGAAGAUCCUGGAGAGUGAGAGGUAUCACUCCUUACUGAGGCCAACAGACGGACCAGAAUAUGCAGAGACGGAAUUUCAAGUUGCUCGGAUGGAGAAGUUCAGGCUCUUUGUCCUCACCAAGCGCCAUCACCCCCCUGAAGAGCUGCUGCAGGCCUUCCUCCCUGUCCAGGUCCUCCUGUCCGGAAAAGCCAGGCGGUAG